CUCUUCUCCCUUUUUCACUCCCUUUUGAGAAUGGAUUAUCACCUGUGAAUUUCAUUUCACCAUUCGGUGUCGCAGAAGAAGUCAUCAUGUCUACUAGCAAGUCCUGUGUCUUGUGUGCCUCGCCUAUGCCUCCAGUGGAUUUGCAUGAAGCCUGUUUCUGCUGCCUGGGUUGGCGGCACCAGGAUGAGGCUGUCUCUUGCUCUGCGUGCCUCGUGCUCCUCUGGGAGGAAUGCAAGCGGUGAUGCAAGUUCACCAAGCCCAUCUGCUCCCUCCAUGCUAGUCCAGCUCUGGCUGCGAAGAGUGCAAUGACUUGGUCCAAGCGAGGGACGACUACAACGAGGAUAAAGAACAUCAUGUCCACAAAGAGGAAGACCCUGCUUUCCUCUUCAAAGAGGACAACCUGCCAGCAGCCCACUGCUACCUGCUUGAUGACCUGCCCGGCCUGUUCACCUUGGCAGCCAUCAGGAUGGCAACCCCACUGCCACCACAGCCACCCUCCAAAGCUCCUGCCAAGGAUUUCACCAUAGGCCUCCUUACCCAGCCACGCAGGAAGCCUCGCCUUUGUGUCAUCUUUCCCAAGAUGGUGCCCAUCUUUGGCUACUACUCUCCGCUAAGCCCCAUUUACGGGCCAUAUUCCACUGUUGAGGGCUGGGAAUGGGACAAGGGAGUGCCUUCCAUUGAGGAUGCAGUCAGGGUCUGCCUCCUCCCCUCCACGUCCCUCUGGCCAGGCGGUUAGCCAUUGCUCCCGUCCAAGAGGGAUAGAGUAAUGGCCAGCUUCCUCAAUCGCUGUUACACUAGUGCUGCUCAAAUGCUAGCACUGGAUAACAAUAUGGCUUUCCUGGCAGGAUCUCUGGACCGCUUCCAGAGGACUGAGCUGAUGGCACCAGAGAUAAUGGAGGUGCAGACAGCAGUGGCCACCCUCCUCAGCAUGUCCCAUUGAUGGCGGCCACACCAUGUGUGCCACUCAGGUGAGGCACAGGCACCUCUGGCUGGGCCUGUCUUCCCUGAAGGAGUGUGAACAGCGCCUGCUGAUGAACAUGCCGCUUUCCACAGAGUCACUCUUUGGCCCAUACAUCCAGACCAUGAUUGAUUGACUGGACAUGGCCUAGAAGGCACCAGAGCAGCUGGGCUCGCAUCACCAGCAGUAGCAGCAGCGGAGUUGCCAAUGUUGCUGUCCCGGGGAGAUGUCCAGCAACAGGUCCAUCACCAGUGUUGGUGUAACAUCCCAGAAAACUAUGAGGCUGAUCCCACCACCUGGAAAAAGGGCAACCCAGAAGGUUGCUAUUGCUGAUCACAAUGGUAUAGUUACAUGUUUUAGAAUGAAGAAGGGCGGAGCAGUGUCAGGGUUUAAAACACCUCCAGGACAGAAAAUAGUCAGAAUGGACCUUGGAGGAGCUGCAGGAACUCCACAGAAGAAGAUCUUUGUCUGUUCUGGUUCUCAGGUCCGAGGAUUUAACAAGAAAGGCAAACAGUUUCUCACCUUUGAAGCCAACCUCACUGAGAACAUUAACGCCAUGCAUGUCUCAGGCAUUGACCUUUUUGUGUGUGCAAGUUACUUCUACAACCACUACUGUGACUGCAAGGACCAAGACUACUACCUCUCUGGAGACAAAAUCAAUGACAUCACAUGUUUGUCCUCAAAGAACCUGACUCGCCUCGUACCGGUCCUGGCGUGCCAAGAUCGGGUUCUCAGGGUCUUGCAGGGAUCUGAGCUUGCCUAUGACAUUGAAGUUCCUGGCCCUCCAUCUGUCUUGGAGCUGUACAACAAAGAUGGAGGAGAGGAAAUCCUCUAUGGAACCACAGAUGGAAAAAUAGGAUUGGUUCAGAUUGGUGAGAGCUCAGCUGCGACCAAAUGGGAGAUUGAUAAUGACAAAAAGAAAGGAGGAAUUCUCUGUAUUGACACGUAUGAUAUCAUUGGAGAUGGAUUGAAUGACAUCUUGGUGGGCAGGGAUGAUGGGACGGUUGAGGUUUAUGGUUUCGACAAUGCAAGUGAGCCCACAUUACGCUUUGAGCACGUGUUGUCAGAGAGCGUGACCUCCAUCCAGGGUGGCUGUGUGGGGAAAGAGUCCUAUGAUGAGGUCUUGACUGCCACUUAUACAGGAUGGGUGACUGGUUUGACCACUGAGCUCCAGAAGGCUGAAGCGGGCCCCGGAGACGAGGUCACGAUGAGUGAAGAGACCCAGUCCAAAGUGGAAUCACUCAGGGCGGAGUUGGAGCAGCUGCAGAUCGAAGUCCUGCAGGGCUGUGAAGAGUACCAGCAGACCUCUCAGUCUAGUACAGCUGUCUUCAGCAUCAAUGACAAGUUCACCCUCUGUCAGGACGAUGCCAGCUACAGCCUCACCCUAGAGGUGCAGACUGCCAUCGACAACCUGCUGCUCCAGAGCGACGUUCCCAUAGACUUGCUGGAUGUGGAUAAGAACUCAGCUGUUGUCAGCUUCAGUGAAUGUGACUCAGAGAACUUCAUCCUGUUCACAUACAGAUGUCAGGCCAACACUACCAGACUUGAGCUCAAGGUGAGAUCCAUUGAGGGACAGUAUGGCACCCUGCAGGCUUAUGUUACCCCCAGACUGCAACCCAAGACCUGCCAUGUCCGCCAGUACCAGAUUAAACCUUUAUCUCUUCACCAGCGGACACACAGCAUAGACCAAGACAGGCCCAUGAACAGGCUCAGUCUGGUUGGACAGUUCAGUUUUGCAGAGAUUCACUCUUGGGUGGUUUUCUGUUUGCCAGAGGUGCCAGAGAAAACACCAGCAAGAGAGAACAUCACUUUCUAUUUCCACAACACUUUCCUCGGCACGCAGCUUGAAGCCACCUACUGCAAAGGGGAGGGUCACUUCAAGUCCGACAACAUCUCUACCAUUUCCAUACUGAGUGAUGUUCUUUCGAAGGAAGCUACCAAACGGAAAAUACAUCUGAACAUUUUACAUGAUAUCAGUGAUGACUCUGUGAGUCACACUCUUAAGAUGAUCCAUCCAAAACUGGAGUACCAGUUGUUGCUGGCUAGAAAAGUUCAGCUUAUUGAUGCACUUAAAGAGCUUCAGGUUCACGAGGGGAAUGCAGAUUUUCUCAUCCCAGAGUAUCGCAACAUCUUGGAUGAGUCCACUAAUCUCCUGGAGGAGUACAAGAAGCAGCCGGCACACCUUGAGAGGCUUUAUGGCAUGAUCACAGACCUCUUCAUCGACAAAUUCAAGUUCAAAGGCCAGAACGUGAAAACCAAGGUGUCCUCACUGCUGGAGAUACUGGACAAUUAUGAUUUGAAUUCCCUGUUAGAUUUUUUCAGUGAGGCAUAAUGUCAUCUCUGUCUUUAUUUGGGAUAUUUUUGUAUUGUAAAUACAACAGUUUUGUUUUAUGAUGGUUAGCAGUGUUUCUUAAUAGCAUUUAAAAACAAGUGCGGUGAUUAAUAAACCACUACAGUGAUGUCAGGAUGA